AAGAAGAAGAAGCGGAUAUCCGUCAGUCAGUUACUGUCAUGGCGGCGCCCUGUGGCAGGUCUACUUCACGGUGAACCAGGAGAAUCCGGACCGACAGGUGUAGUACUCCGGACCGACAGGUGAUGCCGGUCCUUCGGUUGAGCUGAGAGAAGACCCCCCCGUCAGGUAUGAUUGUGAUGUCAUCAGUGAUGUCAUCAGUGGUGCGUGGCGCCCGCCGUCUCGUCCACGUCGACACGGCUCCGCUCUCCAACUUCCUGUCUCGGACCCGCCUCCUUCCUGCUGGAAGCCCCGCCCCCUCGCUCAUCUGGCAACAGAACAGGAAGUUAGCCUCAAAGGUCAAAGGUCAGAGGUCAGAGCAGAGGAACCCGAAGGUGAAGGUGGACAAACAGGAAGUGGAGAUCAGUCAGAAGAUGACGGUGGCCGAGCUCGCCGCCGCCAUGAACAAAGACUUCGACCACGUCCUGGAGGCCCUGCGGAGGACCCCCCUGGACCUGGACGCCCUGCAGCCGGACUCGGUCCUGGACGAGUCCUGGAUCAAGGAGGUGGUGACCCGGUCCGGGAUGAAGUUCAGAUACAAAACCCUCGAGGAGACCAGGGAGAGACCCAGCAGGGACGUGGAGCCCAGGCCCCCCGCGGACCCGUCCCUGCUGAGACCCCGUCCCCCGGUGGUCACCAUCAUGGGACACGUGGACCACGGGAAGACCACGCUGCUGGACAGCCUGAGGAAGAGUCAGCUCGUUGCCAUGGAGAUGGGAGGCAUCACGCAGCACAUCGGGGCCUUCUCAGUGCAGCUGCCUGCAGGCGAGACGAUCACCUUCCUGGACACGCCGGGCCACGCCGCCUUCUCGGCCAUGAGAGCCCGCGGAGCCAACGCCACCGACAUCGUGGUGCUGGUGGGGGCGGCCGACGACGGAGUCAUGAACCAGACGGUGGAGUCCAUCCAGCACGCCAGGAGAGCUAACGUGCCCAUCAUCGUGGCGGUGAAUAAGUGCGAUAAGCCCCAGUCGGACCCGAGAGUCAAACAGCAGCUGCUGGAGCACGACGUCGUCUGUGAGGAGUUUGGAGGAGACGUCCAGGCCAUCAACGUCUCUGCUGUCAAA